CCUGAGCGCGGGCGGUGCAAGCCCAGGACGCUGAGGGGGUGAGGUCACGUCUCCCUGGAGUCCCGCGCCGCCGGCUUUUCAGAGCGUCGCCACCCGCCGGCGGCCAGAGCUGCAGACCGCGCCGACCCCGCGCCCCUCCGGCUCGCAGCGCCGCCGGCCUCGCCCAUGUCUCAGUACGCCUCCGGCUCGGACUUCAAGACAGCUUUGGACUGCAGUCCCGAGGCCAACACCGAGGAUGACAAGACCGAGGAGGACCUGCCCAUGCCCAAGAACUACCUGUGGCUCACCAUCCUGUCGUGUUUCUGCCCCGCGUACCCCGUCAACAUAGUGGCUUUCGUCUUCUCCAUCAUGUCUCUGAACAGCUACAAUGAUGGAGACAUCGAAGGAUCCAGGCGACUUGGAAGGAACGCCAAGUGGGUGGCCAUCGCCGCCAUCAUUAUUGGCCUUUUCAUCAUCGGUAUUUCUUGUGCUGUUCACUUCACAAGGAAACACCGCCCUCAGCUGUCUGCUACCUGCUUGGAUCUUCUGCUGUCAUCCAGGCAUUGGCUCCUGAGGAUCUUGAUUUCUAUGGCUGUGUCAGUGGCUAUGCUAAUCCCUUCCAGUGAAGCCGACUGUCGGGGGAAGAGGCCGAUUGCGACUGCGCGCCCCGGGCUGGUGCCCGCUUUGGAGCGCUUGCGACUGCGCCGACCUUAG